GAACAGGUACGGGGUGACGACGAACUGCUUGCAUCCUGGCAAUGUGUACACUGACAUCUUCUACCGCGGCGGGGGACCUGACGCUGGACUGAACUUCUUUAACCUUUCGUCCAGAGUGAUGGUUCGGACGAGCGAGCAAGGGGCCCAGACUACGCUGUACCUGGCGUUGUCUGAAGAAGGUGGGCGAGAAUCUGGCUGUUACUACGAAAAAUGCAGGAAAACGCGCUUGUACCGCAAAGUCAACGACAUGGAGCUGGCUAAAAAAUUGUGGCAAGAGUCCAGCCGGCUGGUGGAGCUGUCAGACGAGCGGCCAUCGGACGUCGAAACAACGUCGAUCAAUAGUAGAUUCCAGACUGCAACUGCUGAUAAUUUUGAAUUGAACAUCAAACCACAACUAUUGAUAGAUAAGAAUUAAACAUCAAAAUGACAUAAAAAAGUAAUACUCGGAAGGAUACAAAUCAAUCCGGAUUCGUAGGUGAAAAGCAUUGAUUUAUUAUUAUUGUAUGCUUGAUUAAAUUCCCGGAUAAUAUUCAAUGAGGAAAACUAAAAUAAAUUCAACACAAUUAUUGAAUAUCUGUCAAAAAUCAACUGUUUUUUAUGCUUGAUUUUUGAUCAGCAAUUUGGAAAAUCCAAUUGUACAAGCAUU